GGGGAAAUAAGGCUGGUUUGUCAAUUUCUUGACAGGGUUUCCUCAUCCUCCUUGCAUGCAUUCCUUCCUUGUUUCCUUGACGUUUUUUUAAGAGGGAGAGGGACAAAUGUGCGUCGACGGUUUAAGCCAAUCCUGAACGGACUAAUGUCACGAGUGACCAAUGAAUGUAGGGACCGGUAAUAUUUGAACAACAAGCCUCUGUUGGGAGCAGAAAUAGACAUAUAACAAUCAAAGCAACAUGGAUUCCGUUAGCGCAGAACAUACGAAAAUGUACUUUUAUGAAAGUAGAUUACAAACAUAUUCAGGGUGGCCAUUUGAGGAGGAUUGCAUCUGCACUCCCGAAAAUAUGGCUAAAGCUGGCUUCAUUCACACGCCCACCGAGAAUAGCCCGGACGUCGCGCAAUGUUUUUUUUGCUACAAAGAACUAGAAGGAUGGGAGCCUGAAGAUGACCCAGUCAAGGAACACAAAUCACAUUCCCCAGCCUGUAAUUUCAUCUUGCUGAAGAAGUCAGUGAACGAGCUCUCAGUAGAAGAACUACUGAAGUUGCAGAAGGAACGACAGAAAUUUCUCAUUAAAAAGACCUGCAAUCAAGUUAUUGAAAAAUUUGAAGAGGCUGCAAAAAAAAGGAGAGGGGACAUUGUCAAAAAGGCAAUGGAUGGAUGAGUGGGAUGUUUUCCUUUGGUUCGGAAGUUAAUUAUGUGUUUGUGUAAUGUUUCCUCUGUCAUUUUAUUGUUACAAUAUUUAUAUUGUAUUGUUUUUUUUUUAUACACAAUAUUUAGAUAGGCAGUAUCAGUUUUGGGGACUGACUAAUACAGGAGCACUUGGGACCCAGCAUCGUGUAGGUAUCAGACAGUAAUUCCUUGUCUUUAACGGGGGGGAAAACGCUAAAUCUACGCUAAUAAACUGCUUUCUUACUGUG